GGCGGCCUGUUUGAACAUUUUGAGCUACCACAUUCCAUGAACAUUUUGCAUCUAUUUACUCAUAUUUUACUGGUGUUUACAUAUCAUAUUAUGCAUUCUAAUCGUAUUAUUCACUCCCGGGAUUUUAUAAAACGUUUUAAACCCAAAAGCUUUCAUAUUUCCGAUAAACCCAAGAAAAAGCAACAUGGAGGUUGGCAGCGUGCCUUAAAAUCUACACCCAUACAUCACACCACUGUUCCAGUUAUCAUUAGUACCAACUGCCGGUUCCUGCCUAAUAAAAUUCUAGAUUUUCAGCCCCUGCUGUCAUCCGGAACCUACCACAAUGCUGGUAUUGUCACUCUACAAGAAACCUGGCUCCAUGACUCAUACGAUGACAAUAUUGUGUCUCUAAACAAUUUUAAUGUUUUCCGACAAGACCGUCUUUGUUCCAAGAAAAAAUGUGGCGGAGGUGUUGCAACUUUUAUUCACUCAAAAUAGUCCAUUUCAAACAAAGUUUGUCUCAAAUUCUCGAAUGACUACAUUGAUUGCAUCACUGUGAGAUGUCGCCCGAAACACCUGUCAAAAUACAAAUUCAUUUAUAUUUCUAAUGUUUAUGUCUCUCCUGGCUGUACCAUAUUGGAUUUAUCUAUGUUCGCUGAUGAAUUCACCGCUUUUGCUGCAGCUUGCUUCGAGAACUCUUUAUCAAUAGUAACUGGCGACUUCAAUGGAAGCGGUCGCUCCUUCCUUAUAUCACUUGGUCAUGACAAUAUCGUUAACUUUGCCACCCGUCUUGGUAAAACACUGGACCUAGUAUUCAUCAAUGAUGUUGGUACAUAUGAAGCUCGCAAACGUGCUCCUUUACUUAACUCUGACCACUGCAUCAUACGUGUACUGCCUAAAAUAUAUUCCAAAUCACACAAAGGUGUCCUCUCUCACCUCUACAGUAAAGUUCAACGGAGAUGUUACUCACAAGACAACCUAAACAAGCUCAGAUGCAUGUUGAAAGACACUAACUGGGACUUAUUUACAGAACAAACAUUAGAUGAAGCAAUCUCAAACACUACCGAUUAUCUUAAAUUCUGUUUCGAAAUAUGUUGUCCUAAAGAAACAUUAUUCAUUCGACUUGAUCGCUUAUCUUUGCCCUAUCUGAAAAAGCUACGUAGAAAUAAAAAACUGUUGUUCAAAACAAAUGAUAGGCCUGGUGUAAAAAUUUAAACAUUGUGAUAAAACUAGAAAUGAAAAGACUAAAUGUUUUAUAUAAUCAAAGAUUUUUGUCAUGUAAAAUCCCUUCUAAUUUGUGGAAACUCUUCAAAGAAAUUACUAACGGUAAGCGAUGUGUUUCUGUCCCAUCUCUUAAUGUCGACACUCUUAAUAAAUCUUUCAUACGCUCUUCUGUUGAUACCCUUCCAAAUGAUACAAAUCAUACUGACAAUAAUUUUAGUGGUUUUAAUACCCUUGAUGUGCAUAAAUGUCUCCGGUCUCUUAAGCCUUCUCAAAGCCUUGGUCCUGACGGCAUACCCGCCAUUGUCCUCAGGAACUGUGCUGAUAUUUUGUGUUACCCUCUUACUAACAUUUUUAAUGCCUCUUUUUACGGUAACGUUCUACCUUUUGCAUGGAAAAACAUUAAAAUUAUCCCUAUUCCAAAACCAUCUUCUGGUUCUGACAUUAAAUUUCGGCCUAUUGCAAUUACUUCUCCCUUUUUAAAAUUGAUGGAAAAAUUACUUUUACUUCGUGUUGAACCCGCAUUGAAACCUUUUAAUGAUCCUAAACAAUUUGCAUACAAACGUGGUAGAAGUACCUUGGAUGCUGCGGUCGUCUUAUGUCACAAUGUUGUCUCUUGUUUAGACAAAGGUGCUAAAUAUGUUCGUAGUGCUUUCUUAGACUACACAUCUGCUUUUGACUCUGUACCUAGGGGCCUUUUGUUAAAUAAGCUAUCGUUGACACAAACAGGAUCCUGGGCAAAGAGUUGGUUGCAUUCCUAUUUUUCUGAUAGAAUACAGUAUACUGUAUAUAACGGCAAAUCUUCUACCUCGCUUACAAAGUCCGGUGUUCCACAAGGUGCUGUCCUCUCUCCUUUUCUUUUUUCUUUCUUCCUACAUGACCUGCCUCAUUCAAACGAAACUAACUUUGUCAAAUAUGAAGAUGAUCUGACUGUAUCACUCCCUAUCACUUCCGAGUCUGACAGCUCCAAACUUAAUAGCUUUCUGUUGGACAUCAACAAGUGGUCCAAGUCGAAUGGUCUUAUAUUAAAUCCUUCCAAAUGUCAGGCGCUUGACUUUACUUUCAAGCAUCGACGUGACUUACUUGAACUAGUUAGCUUGCAUGAUCCCUGUAGCAUAGAUGGCACGGAAAUUGAAACCAAGUCAAGCAUUAAAUACCUUGGAUUAGUUCUUUUCUCUUACCUUUCAUGGUCAUCACACAUCUUAUCAAUCUCUAAGAAAAUGUUUCGUCUCACCUUCUAUAUUAAAAAGUUAAGACAAUCAGGUAUCAACCAACCUUUAGUUUUGCAAUUUUUAAACUCCUGUAUCUUACCUAUUGUACUCCAUUGCUCUCCAUUAGUCUUUCCUGAGCUUCUCAAAAGAGAUUAUAUCAUAUUACGAAGAGUAUUAAAUGCUGUGAGUAGAGCUUGUGGUCUGCCAUUGCAUGAGCUCGCUAAUACUAUAGUCGAGAGGCAUAUAAAUUCCUGUACGAAAUGGGCAAAUGCUAUAAUGUCAGACCCUCUGCACCCCCUUUAUUCACACCUGUCCCCUUGUAUCUCAUCAGGUAGGACGAGAAGUCAAUAUAAAAAGUUAUGUGCUCGUACCACUAAGUAUAGAAAUUCUACAAUACCCUAUUUAGCGCGUACUUUAUGUGACGAAGACUCUGUUAGACGUGAAACUUACAAGUUACUAUGUAAUUAGCACAGUGAAUCGACCCUUUCAUCGUUCAUCUUUCUGUAUUUUAUGGUGUCACACUUUCUAUCGUUUAAAUCGUUACUCUGCUAUUUUAUAUUAGUUGGUAUUACUAUUAUUACUACAAUUUUGUACUUUAUACAUAUUUUUCUCCGUAUGGCAUACAGUAUCUUGCUACGUAGCUGCUACAACAAUCGUUUUAUUACUAUUAUGUAUUGUGUAUUUUUAAUUUUUUGUUGUUGUCGUUUUUGAGUAAAUUAGAUGCAAUAUUGUACUGAAUGCUGAAAAUUCCUUGCUGUAUCAUGAGUACUGUUUUUGGAAUAAAGCAAUUAUUAUUAUUAAUUAGUCACCCCUUCUAGGUUACACCUUAGAUUACGUAACACGUUUUUCGAAGACACUUUACCGGUAUAUGACGUGAUCUUAUGGUUUCUUUGUUAAAUAUAAUUACAAUUGUACAGCUUAUGACAAUGAAUCGUCGAAAAGAAAAUUUUCUUCGCU